GGAGAUUUUGUUAGAGUGUAAUUUUGUGGAAUUUAAUGGACGCGUCAAAGAAAGAAAGAGCAGCAGGAGGCUCACAACUUGCUUAUUCAUUCCCACGGCCACCAGUGAUGUUUUUUUGGAUCUAAUCACAAUUCAUGGAUCACUUCAAAAUUAGAGCAACCAAAAAAAUGCCUUUUUUCACAAGGAAAAAGCUUUUUUCCUCUGCCUCUGCAGAAAGGCGGAAGAAAGAGCAUGAUUGUUAUUUAAAGAAUGGAAGUGCGGUACUUGAGGAGCUUCUUGCUUUAUGCGACGGAAAUUGCAGAAUUCCCAUCCGUUACUUCACUGCCAUAGAGAUACAGAAUGCAAUUAGACACUCUAAAACAACAAUAAUGGAGCUUGCCGAUGAGUCUAUGGUUACGGGGUCGCUAGACAACCGCCCUGUUUUAGUUAGGUUCAAUACAUGGGAAAUAAAAAAUAUGCACCGAGAUAUAGCGAUUACUGCUCAAAUGAGUCAUCUGAAGAAUGUGUUGAGACUUGUCGGUUGCUGUCUAGAAUUUGAACAACCAGUUAUGGUGUAUCAAUAUGUUGAAGGUAUAUCUCUUUUCGAUCUACUUUUCAAAAAGGGUAAUCUUAGUAGAAAAUCGUCAUUAUCUUGGGGAAAUCGAUUACGGAUUGCCAAUGAGAUUGCUUCUGCAAUAGUUUUUCUGCAUACCGAAUUUACUACGCCCAUUAUCCACAAAGAUUUGAAGCCUCACAAUGUGAUAGUAGAUCAGAAGAGCGGUAUUGCCAAAAUUGUAGACUUCUCAUUCUCCAUAUCACUGCCUCCAGGAGAAUUGGAGGUACAAGAGGAUUGGAUGUAUGGAACAUAUAGGUAUAUGGCUCCAGAACAUGUCAUAUCGGGUAUUAUUACUCAAAAAAUUGAUGUCUACAGCUUUGGGGUUCUUCUCUUUCAGCUAUUAACCGGGAAGGCAGAGCCAGAUAUUUUUAUGGAUAGAGUGGAUUCUACAAAUUCAAAAGAGAGAAUAGAUUUUGAAGACGACGCUAAAUCCAAUACUGAAGAGGGAAAUACUGUGGAUAGAGUGGAUUCUAAAGAGACGGUAUAUUUUAAAUUUGUUGAUGGUUAUACUAAAAAGGGUAAUAUAAUGGAUUUAGCGGAUCCUAUCAUUUUAGAAGAGCAUGGAAUUGAGAUUCAACAACAAUUGAAAGACUUCUCCGAUCUUGUUAAAAAAUGCACAGCUUUGAAGGGAGAUGAUAGACCAUACAUGAUUCAUGUCGCAAGGGAAUUAUGUCGAAUUGAAAAGUGUUUUCGUGCCCUAGCUCUUGGUCAAAAUUAAAUGUUUAGAGGUUCCAAUUUCAAGGAAAUUCAGUUUGUUUGUACCUUCAUAUUUAUGUUGAACAAAAAUGAUAUCUGCAGACAAUGA